ACCGGUUACGUUAACGGUUCGACGUGCGUCGCAGUCGGAGUAGUUGUCGGAGUCGCAGUCGCGUCGCAGUUAUCACAAAACGAUAGCAGUCAAAGCAUUACUACUACUCUACAACUACUACUACUACUUUUCUCUGACAGUAGUAUCAGCGUGUGUUCUUCCACCAAACAGAAAGCAGCAUCCCAGAAAGCGAAUAUAAAAUCGAAAUGCACUCGUGCAGCUUGAAAGCUUGUGCGAAAAGAUCGGGAAUUUGCUAGUGUAUGGCUAUUUAUGUUUAUCACGCUAUUUAAAUAGUAUAAGAGUGUGAGUGAGUGUGUGUGCUUGGUGUAAACAAUGGUCUGAUAAGAAACGAAACAGUGGCCCACAAUGGUUUGAUAAACAUCAAGUUAAACAACAGUUAGUGCAACUACAAUAAGUUGAAGAAGAAGAAGCUGAAGCAGAACAACACCUGUACAAACUCAAACCAACAAAAACAACCACAACCACAACAACAACAAGAAACGUAACUGCAAAAUACAAAUUUAUAAAUAAAUAAAAGGAGUACAGUUGAAAAAAAGUUGCAAAUAAAUAAGAAUAAAUAUUCAAUAAUGUUUUAACACAAAAUCAAAAUACAGAAAUUUCAAUAAUUAUAAUAAUAUACCAUAAGUAGUCAGUGCAAGCAAGUUUUUAUAGCUGCAUCUAUAUUUGUAUCUGUAUCUGUAUCUGUAUCUGUGUAUAAAUGCGCGUGUGUUCGUUACGAUGGUGUCCAGUGAAAUGAAAUUAGAUGCUCAAGUCCAACAAGCCAAGUCAAAUGGCGUGUCGUAUAAUCUAUAAUCAAAUCACAUAUAGUAUAAAUAAUAUAUAUAAUCAAAAGUAAUUUAAAAUAUAUACCAAUUAUACUGAGUGUGCAUCAAAAAAAGCAAAAAGAAAACAAAGCAUUUUGUCGUCAUCGCUUAUAAGUGUCGACAAAAUAUAUCCAAACAAAAAGAAACAACAAAAUAAUAUAAUUAAUUUUUAACAUAAACGGAAACAGGACGGCCUCAUCACGGAGUCUUUAGAAUUUUUUCCCACUGAGGACGACGAUCUCGAGAUGGAUAUAUUACCGAGCGGAAAUAUAUUCAACGAAUUGGAGCGCAUUUGCACAACUGGCUACUUUUCAUCGCAGCCAUCGAUUGAGGAUCAAUGGCAACAGACAUGCUACGAACUGGAGCGUUAUUUGCGCGACGAGCCAAAGUUGCAGAGCUACAAAAAAAUGCACACGGAUCUGGAUACGGCCUGGGACAUAUUCUCGACGCCGGCACGCCUGCUCGAGGAGCUGAAGAUUAAGGAGAGCCUCGACACGAUCUCGACGACCUCAUCGGUGUCGUCCAACUGUUCGCGUAUAUCGUGGGACAGCAGCGGCUCCCAGGCAUUGAGUUGCGCUGUGCUUGUGAAGCAGGAGCGCAUCGACGAGGAUGACGAGGAUGCGGCCCAUGGGUUAGCUUGUGAUGAGAAGCUGGGCGUGCUGUUCGCUGCGCCACCAUCGGCCAUCUCGCCCAAUCCGAGCAUCGGCAGUGCUGGCAAUAUGACGCCCACCAGCAACAGCAGCAGCAGCAACAGCAACAGCAGCUGUAGCAGCAACAUCAGCAACAGUAGUGUGAGCAUUAGCAGUAGCAGCAGCAACACCAUCACAUUGAGUUCAAGCAGCAGCACAGCGCCGGCAAUUAAGGUGCGUGUGGUGCAGGCCAAAACACAGCGGCAUUAUCAUUUGGGCCAGAGUCAUGACUUUGUUCUGCCCACCUUGACGCCGCCCUCCUCGCCCGAGUCCAGCCUGCGCAGCCACAAUUAUGCACAGCUCCCCCAGCAGCAACAGCAGCAGCCACAGCCACAGCAACAGCAACAACAACAACAGCGAUCCCAGCAAAUUGAUGCCAGUGAAUUGGCGGCGCUUAUUAAGCAACAACAGCGCCAGCAACAGCAUCAACAGCAGCAGCAGCAGCAACAACAACGUCAGCAGGCUUCAACAACAGCAGCAGCAACAUCAAACUCCACACCCGCAACCGCCAUACUGCACUUCACCAGCCAAAUGCCAAGCGCCAAGAAUGCAACACUGACGCAGGCCACAACGUUGCAGCUGCAGCAGCAGCAGCAACAGUUAGCAGUACAACACUUAAGCAUAUCGCCACAGGCGCUCAGCAAAGCCAGCAACACAACUAGCAACAGUUUGUCUAGCAGCAGCAAUAGCAGCCCAAGUGGCAACAGCAGCAAUAACAACAGCAAUAGUGGAAACAGCAGCAACAGCAAUUCCUCUAGCAGUAGCAACAGCAUUGAUUCGGCAUCGGGCAACCAUAGCAACAUUCCGCGCAGCACAAUCGUACGGCUUACGACCGCUAAUGGAACACCUGGAGCAGCUGGCAUCAGCCUCGCACGUGUUAUACAAAUGCAAAACAAUGGCAAUGCCAAUGUUGCUGCCGUGCUCAGUGCAGCAGCUAACAAGGACAACAGCAACAACAGUUCUAAUGCCGGCAAUGCAACACCAAUGCCGCAGCCAUCAACAACAACAGCACAAGUGCAACAACAGCAACAGCAUCAGCAGCAGCAACCGACACCUCAAAUCAUUGCCGUAGUAACAUCAAGAGCGGAAAAAUCCACAACUGCUUCUACCAAAAAUCAUCACCCGCGCCAGCUUCACAGCGAUCACAGUCCGGACGCGAAACGUCGGAUACACAAAUGCCAAUUUCUGGGCUGCAAGAAGGUGUAUACGAAGAGUUCGCAUCUGAAAGCGCAUCAAAGAACUCAUACUGGUGAAAAACCAUACAAAUGCUCUUGGGAAGGCUGCGAGUGGCGUUUUGCCAGAAGCGAUGAACUGACUCGACAUUAUCGAAAACACACCGGAGCCAAACCGUUCAAGUGCCGCAACUGCGAUCGCUGCUUCUCGCGCUCAGAUCAUUUGGCUCUGCACAUGAAGCGCCAUAUGUGAAAUGAGAUCUAAAUCGAAAGUAUAGAUAGAGAGAGCUGAAAAUCAACUGUGUGCCAUCAUCACAUGCAACAUGCAAUAUGCAAAACACCGGGCGAAUAACUGGUAUAAAACUCUAACUCUUAGAGCAGACUAUGCAUACAUCACACCACAGCAGAGCACAAGCAAAGCAUCCAUAAGAAGGUUCAUGUUGCUGCCCUUGUUUAUAUAUAUUUUUUUUCAAUUAAUUGUAAUGUUUGAAAAAGUUUGCUUUUCUUUUAGUUAUUAAGUAAUCCACACACACACACACUUUUAUUUCCAUAUGCAUUUAAUUAAUUGACAAAACAAAUAUUGUACAAUUUUACCAAAGCUAAGCAAUUUAAUUUAGUGCAGCAACAAAGAGUAAAACUGAGCAAAGAAGGCAAUCGUCAUCCAAGAACUUAUGAAGCACAAAAACAGAUAAAAAGAGAAAUAUAUAUGUAAAGAAAAAUACGUGUAAAUAUUUUUGUUUUGUUUGUAGCGAGAACAACAAAUAUAGUAAACACUGCCAAAACAAAAAUAAAAAAGGGAUUAUAUAAAUAACAAAAAUAAAAACAAAAAAAACACAAAAAAAAUAUAAGAAACUAAAAUUAAAAUUAAAUAUGUUGGACACAUAUACCAAGAUUUAAAGUUAAUUCAAAUCAUAUGUCAUACUGGCUUAGGUACAACAAUAACAAAAUACAAAACAAAUACAAGUGCAAAAUAUGUUUUAAACAAUAAAUCAAAUGCUUAUAUUUUCAUACUUUAUUUAAUUUAAUUAAUAUAUAAAUAUAAUUUAAAUUUGUAAUUUAAUUGUUGUAUAGGUUGAUUUUAUUGUGUGAAUUGCCAAGCUUAUUGAAAAAUGCAUAAAUACAAAAUCUGGCGCUACAAAUUUUUUAUUGUUGACAACUAGUUUGAUGAUUAUUUAAUUUGUAUUUAGAAAGUUCACCAUUGUUUUGUGAUGACAAGUAUUACGAGCAUUUUUUUCUUCUCCUUGAACAAAUUCUUACGCUCAUUUUUCUGUUUUCAGACUAAAUUUAACUAAAUUCUUCUUUAUGUGCCUCAUUAAAUGUAAUCACUUUACUAUUUUUAUUAUUUUAAUUUUUUUUUAUUUAACUUAAAUGUAUUCCAAAGAGCAAAAUUCAUUCAAUUUCAGCAGAACGCAUUAAGAAUAUUUAGUAAACUUCACGAAAAUCUCCUUAAAUUGUAAUGAAAAUGUUUUUUGGACAAUGUCAACCAUUAUUUUAUAAUUUUGAUUCGUAUUCGUAUGUGCUGAUAGUUUUCUUAGUUUUUAUGUGCUGCUUAUUAUUUAAUUUACCAUUUCGUCUUGUUUACAAAUUGAUUAUUAUUAAUUAUUUUUAAUAAAUAAAAACAUAUAAAAGUUAUGCAUUUGUUUUUCUUUAUUUGAUUUAACAAUAUACAUUAAAGAAGUUCCUUUUCUCCAACCCUAAUGACAGAAGUGAACAUGACAUCAAAGUAUACAGUUAAAAUACAUCGAGACAGAGUACGAGUAUAAAAAAUUAUUCUAUUCGAGCAUUGUGGUUUGUGUGAUGAGAAAUUCUGUGAUCCAGAGAAGAUAUUGCUAACGUCUGUCUUCAAUUAGGCACAGUUAUUUUUGAUUAACAAGGCAUAGCAUGAAGGUAAACAACAACUAUUGUAUAUUGACACUCAAUCAUACAAAAAAAUAAAAAUAAAUAACCAUGCUCCUUGUUAUUUCAAUUCUGUGUGUAACAACUAAAACAUAUACAAAACACUCACACUGAACAGAAAAUCAUCAACAAAAAUAUAUAUUCCAUUCAAAAUCAAAUUAUCCAUUAUAAAACAAAAAAUCUCUUUUGGCUUCCAUGCGAGAACAAAACUUAAGCAAAUGCACUGAAUAUGAUUAUGAUGAUAAUAUAAUUAUAAAGUCUAAAUAACUCCAAAAGAACAAAAACGUGUACGAUGUGUCAAAAAUGCUUCAAUCAGUUUAGUGUAACUUUUCAGAAAAACCAAAACAAAAAAUAAAUAAAAACAAAAAACCCAAAUAAGAAAGAAACCCAAAGAAGGAAUAUUUUGUAUUGAGAAUCUUUAAAAACUAGAUCGAAAAAUCUAACAAACCCCAUUCAGAAUAUAAUAAUAUGGGAGUCUAACUAUGAAAUAUAUAGACACACACAUACACAUACACAUAUAUAUAUAUAUAUAUAUAUACAUAUAUACUUACAUAUGUAUGUAUUUUACAACUGAAAAUUCAAAUUGUACGCAAACAUAAUGAUGAAUCACGUAUUUUAAAAGUCAAGCAAACCAAAAUUUUUAAAUUUAAUUGUGUAAAAAGUUAAACAAAAUAAAAGACUGGUCAACGAGGUGUUCCACGUUUAUGCAACAAUUGCAACAAAGGUAAAAAUUAAAUUAUGUAAAAAGGAACGAAACCCAAAAACAAAAUGAUAAGAAAAAGAAAUUAGAAAUUGUCAUAUAUUAUAUUCUAUAUUAAAAACUUGCAUUCGAAUACUCUUCAGCGUAUUGAUAAGCCCAUUAAAGCCCUUAAAUCGAAAAUAUCAAUUUAUUCCAACGUCAGUUAAAUUCAUUUGAUAUUUAACAUUCUGGUUAAGUCUGCGCGCUUGUAAAACUCAUUUUUGACUGUAAAAUUAGUCGAAUUAUCCAUUUGGCAAACGAUAUUAUAUUGUCUACAAGUCAUACGUAAGCUAACUGUAAAGUUAAUAAAGUACGAAUUUUAAGAAACGCUAAAUGUGAGUCUAGAGAGUACUACAAAGUAAAAAGAAAUUAAUAUUAAAAUGGAAAACAAACACUGAAUAUAUUUUAUUGUCUAGAACAAAGCAGUGUAAACGAGACGACAACUCGUAUAUAUACACAAAAAAAAACAAAAAAAUAUAAACAAAUAAAAUCCAAGGCAGAUGAGAAAAGAUCAGAGCAUAAUCUCUGAGCAUUUUCUAUAGAUUUACAGUUUAGUAAUAAAACGGUAUACAAAAAUGUGUGAAUUAAUAAUGUAAUGGAAAAAUUGUUUUGUUCUCUUUAAGUUUUCGUUUGCAUAAUGCUUUGCGAUAUUUUUUGAACUAUGAUUUAGGCAAAAUAAACCAUCAUAAACAUUUCGUUUAAGUGUAGCGAUUAAGCGCAGCAAUAAAUCAAGUUUUUGUGUAUAGUUUAGUAAAAUGAAUUAGAUUAAUGUUAAAUCAAAUCGUAUACAAGAAACACACUACAUUGCAAGCAAAAAAAAAAAAUACAAAAGAAAAAAACAAACUAAAAAAAAUAUGAAAAUAUUAAUUAAAAGUUAAACAUACAUGAUAUGAAAUGAUGGCAGACUAUAUAAGUAUGUAAAAUAUAUAUAUGUGAAACAAAAAUUUAUUGCAAACUAUAUAUGUAAAAGUUGUGAAUGUACUAGGCAAUAAGAAUUCAAAAGAAAACAUAUAUAGAGUAGAGGAGCAUGCAAAGCAUCUACCAUUAAGGCACAGCAUUCUGUAUAAAAAGUUAAAACAAUUUUAGAUACUUCACUUCACUUCGAUUUGAAGAAUUUCGAGAUAUAAGCCAGAUAAUGAUGAUUUGACUUGUUCGACGCACAAAACUAGCGUUAAAAAACACAUUUGGUACAUUAUUUUGGGAUAUUUACUAUGAUACGAGUUAAACAGGAAACCAUGUUAAGUAGUUGGUGAUGAAGAGAAGGGAGAAUGGAUGACAGGCAAAGCGAUUUUCUUGGGUCAGCAGCAAAUGGUGAUUUACACAGAUUUUUUAUAAAGAUCUUAAUUUAGCUUUUUUUGAAAUGUAAGUAAGCCUAUGCAUACACGUAUGAAUUAAAUUAAUUGAUAUAAAUUGAAAUUAAAUGAAUUGAUAUGGGGAAUGGAUUUAAAUUGUACACAUACACACAUACUACGAGUAAGUCGCGAAAUUGAUAUCAAAAUUAAAGAAAAGUUUCGACACAGGUAAACUAAAAAUACAUUUACAAUAAGUAUGUAUGUAAAUCAAAAGGAGAAUAACAUUAAAAUAAAAAAGCAAACAGUAAUAAUGCUAACAAAUUCAAAAACAAAAAAAAACAA